UUGAAGGCGGGGAGAGAGACGACGUCAGCCGGCCGAUCUCAGCCCUGAGCGGAGUCAGUCGGUAUGUAGCAGCGGAGGAGGGACUACUCUGGUUUUCUAGAGAGGAAAGGGUCGCGGUGAUCGAAAAGGAUUUGACGUUAGAAGCUUAAUUUGUUUAUGAUGAUUCGUUCGCUGUCGGCGUGAAGGAGAUUCAUAUCGCGUUGCUGAUUUAUCAUCGUUUUUCCUUUUAAAAAUGGCGAACGACUCCCCGGCGAAGAGCCUGGUGGACAUCGACCUGGCAUCCCUGAGGGACCCUGCUGGCAUUUUUGAGCUGGUGGAAGUGGUGGGAAAUGGCACAUAUGGACAAGUUUAUAAGGGUCGACAUGUCAAGACGGGACAAUUGGCGGCCAUCAAGGUCAUGGAUGUCACAGAGGAUGAAGAGGAGGAAAUCAAGCUGGAGAUCAACAUGCUGAAGAAGUACUCCCACCACAGGAACAUCGCCACCUACUACGGCGCCUUCAUCAAAAAAAGUCCACCGGGGCACGACGACCAGCUUUGGCUGGUGAUGGAGUUCUGCGGCGCCGGUUCCAUCACAGACCUGGUGAAGAACACUAAAGGCAACUCGCUGAAGGAGGACUGGAUCGCCUACAUCUCCAGGGAGAUCCUCAGGGGCCUAGCUCAUCUUCACGCCCAUCACGUCAUCCAUCGGGACAUCAAAGGUCAAAACGUGCUGCUGACGGAGAACGCUGAGGUCAAACUAGUGGACUUUGGCGUGAGCGCUCAGCUGGACCGAACAGUGGGCCGGAGGAACACCUUCAUCGGGACGCCAUAUUGGAUGGCUCCUGAAGUCAUUGCUUGUGAUGAAAACCCGGAUGCCACCUACGACUACCGGAGUGACCUGUGGUCCUGCGGAAUCACAGCCAUCGAGAUGGCAGAAGGAGCUCCUCCGCUGUGUGACAUGCACCCCAUGAGAGCCCUCUUCCUCAUUCCCAGAAACCCUCCUCCUCGACUCAAGUCCAAAAAAUGGUCCAAGAAGUUCUUCAGCUUCAUCGAGGGCUGCCUGGUGAAGAACUACACUCAGCGGCCCCCCACAGAGCAGCUCCUCAAGCACCCCUUCAUCCGCGACCAGCCCAACGAGAGACAGGUGCGCAUCCAGCUCAAAGACCACAUCGACCGCACCAAGAAGAAGAGAGGCGAGAAGGAUGAGACAGAGUAUGAAUACAGUGGAAGUGAAGAAGAGGAGGAGGAAGCAUCCGAGCAAGAAGGCGAGCCAAGCUCCAUCGUCAACGUGCCGGGUGAGUCCACGCUUCGCCGCGACUUCAUUCGUCUGCAGCAGGAGAACAAGGAGCGCUCGGAGGCGCUGCGCCGCCAGCAGCUCCUGCAGGAGCAGCAGCUCCGUGAGCAGGAGGAGUACAAGCGCCAACUAUUGGCCGAGCGGCAGAAGCGCAUCGAGCAGCAGAAGGAGCAGAGGCGGCGGCUGGAGGAGCAACAACGGCGUGAGCGUGAGAUGAGGAGACAGCAGGAGCGUGAGCAGCGGCGUCGGGAGCAGGAGGAGAAGCGGCGCGUGGAGGAGUUGGAACGCCGCCGCAAGGAGGAGGAGGAGCGUCGACGAGCCGAAGAAGAGAAGAGGAGGGCUGACAGGGAGCAGGAGUACAUCCGACGCCAGCUGGAGGAGGAGCAGAGACACCUGGAGAUUUUGCAGCAGCAGCUGCUGCACGAACAAGCCAUGCUGCUGGAGUACAAAUGGCGGGAGCUGGAGGAGCAGCGCCAAGCCCAAAAGCUCCAGAGGCAGCUUCAGCAGGAGCAGGCCUAUCUGCUGUCCCUCCAGCAGAACCAGAACCUGGACAGUAGCAAACAGAUCAUCAAACCUCCCCAGUGCCUAAAUGCCAGCAGUGUCAAGCAACAGCAAAACCUUGCAGAUGUUUCUGAGAAAAAAGCUGAUGUUCCUGCCUGUGACCUCCAAAGCUCUGAAUCUGAGGCGGUCGCUGAGGCUGAUGAGCGGUACCGCAAGAACAUCCAGGGUUCUCCUCAGUCGGCACAAAGCAAACCGCCCCAGCCUCCGGUGCCACCGCGCUCCGAGUCCUCCUACCCCAACGGGAACGCAGAAGCCAUGCACCGGCCUGGGGAGGCACAGGUCCGUGUCCUAAAAAGCGGCGGCACAGCCACGUCGUCAUCUUCCUCCGCUGCCGCCCCCCCGCCCGCUGUGUGUCGCUCGCGCUCCUUCACCGAGCAGCUCACUCCCGUCUUUGACAACCUCCAUCUUCGCCACAGCCAAGAACAUCACCAUCACCCCGCAUCUUCAUCACCAUCCUCCACUUCAUCAUCAGCAUCAAAUCCUGCACGCACUGACCCCCACCCCCACCCCCAGACUAGACCCUCGCCCCAUGAACCUUCUCCAGAGUUGCCACCCACGGUCCCGGUCAGGACGACAUCCAGGUCGCCGGUGUUGCCGAGGCGGGACUCGCCUCAUCGCCAUGGCAACACGCCACACAGUGGCCACGCUAUGAACCGCAGCGCUGGCAGUCCUGCCGAGCCUCGGCUGCUGUGGGAGCGAGUGGAGAAGAUGGUUCCCAGAUCGGCAGGCAGCAGCGGCAGCGGAGGCUCCAGUUCCUCCAGCAGCUCCUCCAGCAACUCCAGCUCUCAGGCUGGUUCUCACUGCGGCUCUGGAGAGCGGUUCAGGGCCCGCACCUCCUCCAAGUCAGAGGGCUCGGCCCUCCAGAGGGCGGACAAUGCUGGGAAAAAGCCGGAGGAGAGGAGGGAGGCGGUCAGGCCGAGCAGACCAGCGCAGGACCUGACGGCUCUGGCCAAGGAGCUGCGGGCGGCGGAUGACGUUCGCCCCCCGAACAAGGUGACGGACUACUCGUCCUCUAGCGAGGAUUCGGACACCACGGACGAAGAUGACGACGAGGAGGUGGACCAGGAGGGAGGUGAGGAGUCCACCUCAGGCCCGGAGGACUCCAGAGCAGUGUCCUCACGGCUGAGCAACGGCGAGACCGAGUCGGUGAAAACAAUGAUUGUUCACGACGAGGGCGAGAGCGACAUAGGCUCCACGCCAUGCAAAGACAGCACCCUGGUGGUCCGACAGACUAGCCACUGUAGCUUGCCCUCGGCUCUAGCUAACACCUUCCCUUCACCCGAGCUCACCAGGAACACGUGUAGACCCAAAGCCGUCUACCCCUCUUUCUACUUCCAGAGUGCAGGUGAUAACAAAAAGAGGCCGGGCCCCGGCAUUGGCCACGCCCCUCAGACCUCCGCCCUGCUGACGGGCUUCAGCCCUGGUCCAGGCUCGGUGUCGAGCCCGGGUCUCGGCCAGCACGUGCCCAGCCCCCACCACCACCAUCAUCAUCCUCACCACCAUCAUCCACAUCACCCCACACAGCAGUCAGACAGGAACGGCUUUGCGGGCCGCAUCCACCACCUCCCAGAUCUGAUCCAGCAGAGCCAUCAUUCCUCCCCCUCCUCUGCAUCCACCUCACCCUCCUCCUCCUGCCUCGCCAGCCCCUCCAUGUCCCCCCAGAGUCCCCUGGACAAGCUGGGCAUCCUCAUGGAGAGUCAGUCCAGUAACAACAUGCAGAAACACAAGUCCUCCUCCUCCUUCACGCCUUUCAUUGACCCCCGCCUCCUGCAAGUGUCUCCAUCCACCGGCAGCGCCCUCAACAACGUCGGCUACGGCAACGAUGCCCGGCUGGCGGAGGCGCUGAGGGCCGACCCGUCCCGGAAAGGUUCCGUGGUCAAUGUCAACCCGGUCAACACCCGUCCGCAGAGCGACACCCCCGAAAUCCGCAAGUACAAGAAGAGGUUCAACUCGGAGAUCCUUUGCGCUGCACUUUGGGGCGUGAACCUGCUGGUGGGAACAGAAAGCGGUCUGAUGCUGUUGGACCGCAGCGGUCAGGGCAAAGUUUACCCGCUCAUCAAUCGACGACGCUUCCAGCAGAUGGACGUCCUGGAGGGACUCAACGUCCUGGUCACGAUAUCAGGUAAGAAGAACAAGCUACGCGUUUACUACCUGUCCUGGCUGCGGAACAAGAUCCUUCACAACGAUCCUGAGGUGGAGAAGAAGCAAGGUUGGACCACCGUAGGAGACCUGGAGGGCUGCGUCCACUACAAAGUCGUCAAAUACGAGAGGAUCAAGUUCUUGGUCUUGGCCUUGAAGAACUCCGUGGAGGUCUACGCCUGGGCGCCCAAACCUUACCACAAGUUCAUGGCCUUCAAGUCCUUUGGUGACCUGGUGCACAAGCCUCUGCUGGUGGACUUGACUGUGGAGGAAGGCCAGAGGUUAAAGGUCAUCUACGGCUCCUGCUCGGGCUUCCACGCCGUGGACGUGGACUCCGGGGCGGUCUACGACAUCUACCUGCCCACGCACAUCCAAACCCACAUCCAGUCGCACGCCAUCAUCAUCCUGCCCAACACGGACGGCAUCGAGCUGCUGGUGUGCUACGAGGACGAGGGCGUCUACGUCAACACGUACGGGCGCAUCACCAAGGACGUGGUGCUGCAGUGGGGCGAGAUGCCCACCUCAGUGGCAUACAUCCGCUCCAACCAGAUCAUGGGCUGGGGUGAGAAGGCUAUCGAGAUCCGCUCGGUGGAGACGGGCCACCUGGACGGCGUCUUCAUGCACAAGCGAGCCCAGAGACUCAAGUUCUUGUGCGAGAGGAACGACAAGGUGUUCUUCGCCUCGGUGCGGUCCGGAGGGUCCAGUCAGGUGUACUUCAUGACUCUGGGCCGCAGCAACCUGCUCAGCUGGUAGACCCUCUUCCUCCUCUUCCUCUUCCUCCCUGUCCUCCUCCCUGCCCUCUUCAACACUGGAUCUCAGAACCCACCGUCCACGUCUCGGACCGCCAGGACCGGACUCCACCUUGUGUGGGCAGCGUGACAAAGACCACGGUCACGUGGGCGCCGCACAUCCUGACGUCAGCCGCACAGGAAGCUGACAGGGGGAAUGAGGAAGUUAUGGGUUCACAGAGGAGGACAUGGACGUCUUCUCCCGGUGCUCCUGGACUUCUUCUAACCGCCAGAACCGCAUAGUCGCGCUUUCAACCGCUAGAACCUUUUUCCCCCUCCUCCUCCACCCCUCCCUCAUCCCCUCAGCUGCGGGUAAAUGUUUUGUGUUGGGAUGACGAGCAUCGUUGAUGGUGACAAGAAAGCGGGCGGGGACUCUCCGGACCUCCUGCCAGUGUGGGAUGAGGUCGGACGGGGAACGGCGAGAGGACGUGAGACAGCGAUGGAUUCCAGAGUAGAAUUUUUCAAUUCUUAUUCCUCCCACACGAGCGUGAAUUUGUGCAGUUGUUAAAUUUGUCUUUGACCUUUUUUUAUUCUGAUGAAUAUUAUUCGUAUGAAUAUUGCUUUCAUGCACAUCCACCCUCGUGUCCACCGCCUGCUUGCUGCCACCCACAGAGGGCGACGUGUCUGUCUGCACAGAGUGUGUGCGUACCAAAAAAAGUCAAUAAAGUUGUGUAUGUAAAAAAUAUAUAUAAUAAUUCUAAUAAGAAUAAUAAUAAUGAUGAUGAUGAUGUCAUCUUGCAAAGACAGGUGGUGAAACAUGACCGUGUCUCAGCUGUGAAUAGAAAAUGAGACAACCAUGAUGAUGUCCUGGUGAUGGACAGCUGGGUCACAUGUACAUAUAUUCUUGGAUGGGAGGAGGGGUUUAUCAGGUGUGUGCAUGUGUGUGUGCGUGUGCGUGUGUGUGUGCGUGCGUGUGUUCGCAUCAAGGCUGUGACGGUGACUGAAAAUCAGUAGCAGUGUCUGCUGUCCUCGAGGUGUCAGUGUGGGAUCUUGCACGUCCGGGCCGCCCACGUGGACGACCGCCGCCAUGGUAACGUACCUUACCGCCACUUUGCGUCAUUCUAGCGCCGCCCCGCUCUGUCUCUGUCCGAUCAAAAGCCAGACUGGUAUCGUGAGACACAUCCUUCACUUUGCCAGCAUGCUGUUUGCAUUUUCCGGUGUAUGCAAGAACCCUGAUGAUUUUGAGUAUCACCAGAAGGUUGUCCGUUCAUCCUAAGGUCAAAGAGGAACAGGUUCACUCCAUCCUAACGUCUCCACUGCGUUUAGCUAAUAAAGGCAUGUUUUGUUAUAUUUAGGUUUGAUUGUCCCCCCUUAUUUUCUUACGAGGAUCAAAAGUCCAAGGGAGAACCCGGCAGUUGUGUUCUGCGUCCUGAUUGGCUGUAGACCUUGUCAAUCAAUCCCCCUACCGUUUCCUGCUGUGGUCAAUAUUCGCUAGGAAACUAGCUAACUCUGUGAGCUGCUAACCAGCUAAGUGAAUCGUGGGUGCAAGCAGGACGACGAUGGCAGGGAGCAACGUGUUUUAACAAGGAUGCAAAAACGCCACAGCCGAAAGGCGGCAGGACGAGGCACGGUCAGAGUGACUUAAUUUCUUGUGUCCAACCCAGUAGAUUGAUCACUAAAAUGAAAAAAGUGAGAAAAUGUUAAAGCCUGUCUGGAAGAAGGAAGGCGAGGUUUUAAAGCCUUAAAACAUGUCCGUAUAAUCAUUGUAAACAAAGUUGGCUACUUGGCGUUUUUCACUCAUUUUGGGAACCUAUCACCCGUGAUAAACGAGGGAAUACAGUAGUAGCAAAUGUGACAUGUUUGUUGCCCAAAUUGAACAUUUUCAAGCAUAAAAAUGGCUAAAUAAACUAAAAUACAGUGGAACCUUGGUUAGUCAUUAAUUUGUUCCAGAACCGAAAUGGACAUCAACACAAGGAGGACGUUUGACGGGGACCGAAAAAAAUUUUCUCUUAGAAAAUAAUGUAAAUCCAAUUAAUCCAGAAAGCCAAAAAUGAUAACACAAAAGACGAUUUUAUAGUUUUGCAUGUAGUAAACAAUUCCACAUGCAUAUAAUUGCACCUAAAAGAUGAAUGAAAGCGAUAAAUGAGCAUUAAUUAAUAUUACUGACAAUCACACGGAGUAUUGUACAGUACCCGCAAAAUGUACAUGACCCGAGGCAACAUUUUGUCGUGAAUUUUCGAUGUUAACCGAAAAACACGCUAACCGAGGUUCCACUGUACAAAACAUAAGGCAUUCAGGAUUCAAAGACGUGAUGUGGAGUGUUCCGCACUGGUCACUAGGUGUCAGUAAUGGUACAUUGAUCAGGCAGUAGCCGCAGGCAGUACGCUGUCCAGAACAGGAAGUUUAAAAAAAACAAUAAGGAAAUCUCCCACUGCUAACAAAUGAGUCUAAUUUCUGCCUAAUAUGUCUUAUUUUCAGUUAUGUCUGCUAUACUGGGUAAUACAAGCGUGAAGGUGAUUAACGGGGUGUCAGUUUAUGUCUAGAGGGCUCUAAAAAGGCUAAAACCAUAUUUAGGUUGUAAACAGGUUGUCUAUGCUUUGUGAAAAUAUUCCAUUUCUAAAUGAGGAAUCCUACUUGUCGCCAGUUAAUAGUGAUAAACGAGGGAUUAGUGUACAUACCUAAGCAAGAACACUGUUGAUUUUAAACAGCAUGCAAUGUUGGUCAACUUAAAUGGGUACAGGAACGUCUUUUAGUCAAUAGAAGCAUCAUUUCUCAAUAUUUAGGCAUGAACUCUACUGAUUCACUUUUUUUUUGUGUUUUUGUGCGCGUCAAAAUUGUUACCAAAAAUCGUUAUACGUAGUCAGCAUCCACUGAAGGUGGUAGACUUAUCCAGGGCUCGAAAAAACUUCUGCAAACUGUUUUUAGUUGAAGGGUUGAUGAAAGUGUAACGUGCCAACAUCACCCCUAGGCUGCGCACCUGCACCCUUCAAUGUGCUUCCUUCCACGUGCAUCGUAUGGAGGAGAACAGGGUGCGUUGUGGUCGUCUACCAGCCAUCAAAACAUCCAAGCGCUUCGUCAUCGAUGUGGGCGGCCCCAAUCCCGACUGGCUUUGACGAGCACUGCUCUGGAGAGUCGCCUGAAGCGUUGUGGUGCGCUAGAAGCAACCUGAUGCUAGCGCCAGGUGGUUUUGUAAGUGUUGACGUAAAUACGCAACCGUGGUGGUCGAAUCUUCUAUGACAUGUUUACAGCGUUUUGUUCCUCACACCAUUUAUGUUGAAUGGCCGCUAUUCAUCGUAAUGCACACUCACUUCCUGUCAGGUUUCCCACUCGUCGGUAACCUCGUUAACCCGCGUCGAGAAGGCACGUGUUGUUCGUUCAGGUAUUCUCGUCGCCAUAGAAACGCCGUUCUGCGCUAACGUAUGUCCUCUGUGUGUACGACGGGAAGUCUUGUACUUGAUUUUUCUUUCAAUAAACAAAACAAAAAAAAUCAUGAUUUUGUGUGAAAGUCUUCUUCAACCAACAUUUGAUUUAAAUGCUAACAUAGCUUUGCUGUUUUGCUUUCAGCAAUUGAAAACCAUAUCGGUUUCUGUAUCGUUGGACAAUAUCAGCACAUCAGUUAUCGCCAAAAAAGCCAAUAUCGGACCUCCCUACUAACUAUGUUAAAUUCUGCAGCGUAAUUAACCAUCAUGGCAAGCCAAGCCUCUCUCUCAGGACGACGGAGGCGAAUGUAACGUCCCCCCCAGAGUCACACUGACUCUCACGCUCUUUUAUUGUGACCUGAACACAUCAACAGCAGUGCAAUUCCAACAUCGUACAUGUACGGUACACCGUACCUCCGACUCACAAACGCCACUCUCGUCCACUCGUCAUUGCAACGACACUUCCUCACCGUCACUGGACACACCGCCAGAUGCAUCCAACGACACGCCGAACAUCACAAGGUCUUUAUUAUGUGGGUAUGUGUGGUCUAAAUGACGAGCGAGUAUUCGGGCCACAUUGAAAAAUAAUAAUAAUCUGAGAUUUCGAGAAUGAAGUCGUACAUUUAUGAGAAAAAUGUCAUAAUAUUCCGAGAAUAAAGUUGUAAAUUUACAACAAAAAAGUCGUAAUAUUCCAAGAAUAAAGUCAUAAAUUUACGAGAAUAAAGUUGUAAAUUCAUAAGAAAAAAGUUGUAAAUUUAUGACAAUAAAGUAGUAAAUUUACAAGAUUAAAGUUCAUUCAUGACAAAAAAAAGUAGCAAAUUUACGAGAAAAAAGUCAUAAUAUUCGGAGAAAAAAAGCUGUAAAUUCCCGAGAAAACAAGUUGUACAUUUACGAGAAAAAACUUUGUAAAUUCAUAAGAAAAAAGUUGUAAAUUUAUGACAAUAAAGUAGUAAAUUUACAAGAAAAAAAAUUGUACAUUUAUGACCAAAAAGUAGCAAAUUUACGAGAAAAAAGUCGUACAUUUACGAGAAAAAAAUGUUGAAAAUUUAUGAGAAAAAAAGUCAUAUUUUAUGAGAUAGUCGUAAAUUUACAAGAAAAAAAAGUCGUAGUAUUCCGAGAAUAAAGUUGUAAAUUUACAACAAAAAAGUCGUAACAUUCCGAGAAUAAAGUCAUAAAUUUAUGAGAAUAAAGUUGUAAAUUCAUAAGAAAAAAGUUGUAAAUUUAUGAGAAUAAAGUAGUACAUUUACAAGAAAAAAGUUGUACAUUUAUGACCAAAAAGUAGCAAAUUUAUGAGAAAAAAGUUGUACAUUUACGAGAAAAAAACGUUGAAAAUUUAUGAGAAAAAAAGUCAUAUUUUAUGAGAUAAAGUCGUAAAUUUACGAGAAAAAAAGUCGUAGUAUUCCGAGAAUAAAGUUGUACAUUUAAGAGAAAAAAGUCAUAAAUUUACUAGAUUAAAGUUGUAAAUUUACAAGAAAAAAGUUGUAAAUUUAUGACAAAAAAAAGUAGCAAAUUUACGAGAAAAAAGUCAUAAUAUUCGGAGAAAAAAAGCUGUAAAUUCCCGAGAAAACAAGUUGUACAUUUACGAGAAAAAACUUUGUAAAUUCAUGAGAAAAAAAGUUGUAAUAUUCCAAGAAUAAAGUUGUACAUUUACAAGAAAAAAAAUGUAAAUUUACGAGGAAAAAAAAGUUGUACGUUUAUGACAAAAAAGUCAUAAUAUUCCAAGAAAAAAAGUUUUUAAAUUUCAGAAAAAAAAUUGUAAAUUUCUGACAAAAAAAGUAUCAAAUUUAUGAAAAAAAAGUCCUAAUAUUCGGAGAAAAAAAGUUGUAAAUUUCCGAGAAAACAAGUUGUACAUUUAUGAGAAAAAACUUUGUAAGUUUCCGAGAAAAAAGUUGUAAUAUUCCAAGAAUAAAGUUGUACAUUUACAAGAAAAAAAAGUUGUACGUUUACAAGACAAAAAAGUUGUAAAUUUAUGACAAAAAGUCAUAAUAUUACAAGAAAAAACGUUUUUAAAUUUCAGAGAAAAAAAGUUGUAAAUUUAAGAGAAAAAAAUAGAGCAAAAAUAAAGAGCAAAUUUAAGCUGAGAUGACUUGUUAGCAUAUCAACGUGUUGCUUAAAGUGGCAAAGUUCCUUCUUUUCAUUUGUGACUAUGUGGCCCGCCCUGGACACCCAUUCCAUUCCAUUUUCUGCCGCUUAUCCAGGUCCGGGCCCCGGGGCAGCAGUCUCAGUAGGGAAGCCCAGACUUCCCGGUCCCCAACCACCUCCUCCAGCUCCACCGGGAGGACACCGAAACACCUCACCAGGGAGGCGUCCGGGAGGCAUCCGGACUAGAUGCCCGAGCCACCUCAGCUGGCUCCUCUCGAUGUGAAGGAGCAGCGGCUCUACUCUGAGCUCCUCCCGGAUAACCGAGCUCCUCACCCUGUCUCUUAGGGUGAGUCCUGCUACCCUACGAAGAAAACUCAUUUCAGCCGCUUGUAUCCGCGAUCUCGUUCUUUCGGUCAUGACCCAAAGCUCAUGACCGUAGGUGAGGGUGGGAACAUAGAUCGAACGGUAAAUUGAGAGCUUUGCCUUCCGGCUCAGCUCUCUCUUCACCACGACGGUCCGGUACAGCCACCGCAUUACUGCAGACGCUGCACCGAUCCGCCUAUCGACCUCACGCUCCAACCUUCCCUCACUCGUGAACAAGACCCCGAGAUACUUGAACUCCUCCACCUGGGGCAGGACCUCAUUCCCAACCCGGAGGGAGCAAUCCACCCUUUUCCAACUGAGAACCAUGGCCUCGGAUUUGGAGGUGCUGAGUCUCAUCCCAGAAGCUUCACACUCAGAUGCAAACCGUCCCAGUAAACGCUGCAGGUCACAGCCCGAUGAGGCCAUCAGGACCACAUCGUCUGCAAAUAGCAGAGCGAGAUCCUAGUGCCCCCGAACUGGACUCCCUCGACACCUUGGCUGCGCCUAGAAAUUCUGUCCAUGAAAAUUAUAAACAGAAUCGGUGACAAAGGGCAGCCUUGGCGGAGGCCAACGUUCACCGGAAACAGGCUUGACUUACUACUGGCAAUGCGGACCAGGCUCCUGCUCCGGUUGUACAAGGACUGAAUGGCAUGUAGUAGCGCGCUACCAAUCCCAUACUCUCGGAGCACCCCCCACAGGACACCGCGAGGGACACGGUCGAAUGCCUUUUCCAGGUCCACAAAGCACAUGUAGACCGGUUGGGCAAACUCCCAAGUACCCUCCAGGACCCUUGCAAGGGUGUAGAGCUGGUCCAGUGUUUCGCGACCAGGACGAAAACCACAUUGCACCCCCUGUAGCCGAGGUUCCAUUAACGGUCGUACCCUUCUCUCCAGCACUCUGGAAUAGACUUUCCCAGGGAGGCUGAGGAGUGUGAUCCCCCUAUAGUUGGAACACACCCUCCGGUCACCCUUCUUAAAAAGGGGGACCACCACCCCAGUCUGCCAAUCCAAAGGUACUGUUCCCGACUUCCACGCAAUAUUGAAGAGACGUGUCAGCCAAGACAGUCCCUCAACAUCCAGAGCCUUAAAGAAUUCAGGGCGAAGCUUUGCCACUGGGGAGCAUUUUGACUACCCCAGAUACCUCAGCCACGGUGAUGGAACUGUCCGCGUUCGUAUCCUCAGUCUCUGCUUCCUCUAUGGAAGGUAUGUCAGUGGGAUUGAGAAGGGCCUCAAAGUACUCCUUCCACCGCCCAACUAUAUCCUCAGUCGAGGUCAGCAGGCCCCCGUCCCCACUGUAAACAGUGUGGACCGGGCACUGCUUCCCCUUUCUGAGGCGCCUGACGGUUUGCCAGAACCUCUUUGAGGCCGACCGAAAGUCGUGUUCCGUGGCCUCACCGAACUCCUCCCACACCCAAGUUUUUGCCUCGACCACCGCCGAAGCCGCGUGCCGCUUGGCCUGCCGGUACCCGUCAGCUGCUUCAGGAGUCCCACAAGCCAUCCAUGCUCGAUAGGACUCCUUCUUCAGCUUGACGGCAGCCCUGACCUCUGGUGUCCACCAUCGACUGGCACCGACCACCUUGCGGCCGCAGCUCCGAUCGGCUGCCUCAGCAAUGGAGGCACGGAAUAGAGCCCAUUCGGGCUCGAUAUCCUCGUCCCCCACCGGGAUGCAGGAGAAGCUCUACCGGAGGUGAGAGCUGAAGACUUGACAAACAGGAGACUCGGCCAAACGUUCCCAGCACACCCUCACUACACGUUUGGGUCUCCCGGGUCUGUCUGGCAUCCUCCCCCGCCAUCUAAUCCAAAUCAUCACCAGGUGGUGAUCAGUUGACAGCUCAGCCCCUCUCUUUACCCGUGUGUCCAAAACACGCGGACGCAGGUCUGAUGAUACAACUACAAAGUCGAUCAUAGACCUGCGGCCUAGGGUGUCCUGGUGCCAUGUGCACUUAUGGACAUCCUUAUGUUGGAACAUGGUGUUUGUGAUGGACAAACUGUGGUUCGCACAGAAGUCCAACAACAUCACACCGCACGGGUUCAGAUCGGGAGGCCGUUCCUUCCAAUCACGCCCCUCCAGGUCACACUGUCAUUGCCCACAUGGGCGUUGAAGUCUCCCAGUAAAACGACAGAGUCACCAGUUGGGGUGCUCUCCAGCACCCCUCUGAUGGACUCCAGGAAGGCUGGGUACUCUGAACUGCCGUUUGGCGCGUACGCACAAACAACAGUCAGGACCCUUUCCCCAACACGAAGGCGUAGGGAAAUGACCCUCUCGUUCACCGGGGAUGACUCCAACACAGAGGCACCGAGCCGGGGGGCUAUUAAUAAGCCCACACCAGCUCGCCGCCUCUCCCCUGUAGCAACUCCAGAGUAGAACAAGGUCCAGCCCCUCUCGAGGAGUUUGGAUCCAGAACCCAAACCGUGGGUCGAGGUGAGUCCGACUAUAUCUAGUCGGAAUGUCUCAACCUCUCCCACAAGUUCGGGCUCCUUCCUCGCCAGAGAAGUGACGUUCCAUGUCCCAAGAACCAGAUUUGGCCACCGAAGACCAGGUCGCCUAGGUGCCCGCCCUCGACCGCCACCCAAAACGCAAUGCACCGGACCCUUAUGCUUGCCCCCGCAGGUGGUGGGUCUACGGGGGGGAGAUCCCGUGUGGCUUCUUCGGGCUGAGCCCGGCCGGGUCCCACGGGUGAAAGCCCGACCACCAGACGCUCGCCUGCGAGCCCCUCCCCCAGGCCUGGCUCCAGGGUGAGGCCCCGGUAUCCCACUUCCAGGCGAGGUGCAGUCCCUCCUCGUGCGUUUGUUCAUACGGGUCUUCUGAAUCACUCUUGGUCUGGCCCGUCACCCAGGACCUGUUUGCCUUGGGAGACCCUACCAGGGGCAUAUAGCCCCAGACAACAUAGCUCCUAGGAUCACUCGGGCAGACAAACCCCUCCACCACGGUAAGGUGGUGAUUCACGGAGGGGAUAUUUUAUUACGUUUAGAAUAUUGGGCUAAUUACUUAGCAACUUGGUCUUGUUAUUUUUCCUAAAUAGCACUAAGUGCUGAGAGUGUUUCAAAGGACUUUACAAAAGUGAUGAUUAACAAGGAAAAAGCACAAGGCAACGUAAACAAGUGUGUGUGUACUGUUGUGGAGUACAAAGUGUUACAUUGAGAAACUUGAGAAAUUUCCUGCUUGGAGGCGGGGGGGGCUUAACAACAAAACACUCACUGGAGUGUUGUCCUUGUGUGGACCAGCCACACAGAAAAAGUACUAGUAGUAUCGCAUCAUACAGCAUACAUACUGUACAUAUACUGUAGUACUUUAUAUACUGUAUUUUUUGGACUAAGUCGCUCCGGAAUAUAAGUUGCACCCGCCAAAAAUGCACAAUGAAGAAGAAAACAAACAUAUAAGUCGCACUGAGCUCUAAGUCACACUUUAGAGGGCGAUGUGUUUAAAAUGAGAGACCAAGACAUCUCAUCUUGAAAGCCAAGUUGUAGCUAUGACAACGAAAGGGAGCAGAACAGGCUAAAUCGGCGUCUCUUAAUGGAAGCAUAUUAAGUGAGUCAC